CCUGCUCCACUUCAUUUAACCUUAGAUCAUUGAAGAUACUAUGGCUUCAGCUGAAAAAAGUAGUGCUCCAUUCGGCUCAUGGAAGUCACCUAUCACUGCCGAUAUCGUCUCGGGUUCCGAUAAACGCCUUGAAGGCUUCACCGUAGACUCCCAUGGCCACCUAAUAUGGCUGGAGACUCGCCCUGCUGAAUCUGGACGAGCUGUGCUUGUUAAAGAAUCAGGGGAGGAUAUUACACCCAAAGACUUCAAUGUUCGGACCACUGUUCAUGAAUAUGGUGGUGGCUCUUUUGGGGUUUCUGGAGAUGUACUUGUUUUCUCCAAUUUUGAUGACCAGAGAUUGUACAAACAGCUUCUCCCUUCUUCAGGUCCAAUGCCGAUAACUCCAGAUUAUGCGGGACCUCAUGUAAGGUAUGCUAAUGGGGUCUUUGAUGGUCGUUUAAACCGUUAUAUUGCUGUAAGAGAAGAUCAUCGAGGGGUUGAUGCAAUGCCAACUAAUGAGAUUGUGAGUGUUGCCCUUAAUGAUAACACCACUGAAGAACCAAAAGUCUUGAUUAGUGGGAAUGACUUCUAUGCAUUCCCACGGAUGGACCUGAAAGGGGAGCGUUUGGCCUGGAUAGAAUGGAGCCACCCUAACAUGCAUUGGGAUAAAGCAGAGCUUUGGGUCGGGUAUAUAUCUGAUAGCGGAGACAUCGAGAAGCGAUUAGUAGUUGCUGGUGGCUGUCCUACUCUGGUGGAAUCGCCAACUGAGCCUCUAUGGUCGUCCAAAGGGGAAUUAUUUUUCAUAACAGAUAGAAAUGCAGGGUUUUGGAACUUAUACAAAUGGACUGAAGAUAAAAAUGAGGUCCUUGUAAUUUACUCUUUGAACGCUGAGUUCACAAGACCAUUAUGGGAUUUUGGAAAUCGAUGUUAUGACAUCAUUGAGAGGAAAGAGGAAUCAACAAUUAUUGCUUGCAGCUACAGGCAACAUGGAAAGUCACAUCUUGGUGUUAUAAAUCAAGCUAAGAACUCUUUCUGUUCAGUUGAUAUUCCAUUCACUUACAUAUCAAAUAUUGUUGCAGGUGGACAGAUCCUUUACAUUGAGGGUGCAUCUUCUGUUCUUCCUACAUCUUUAGCAAAGGUGAUACUAGAUGAUCAUAUGUCAAAUGUUGUAUAUUUCAGUAUCAUGUGGUCAUCUUCUUCAGACAUUGACAAGUACAUAUCAUAUUUUAGCCGCCCAGAGUUUAUUGAAUUUCCAACAGAUGUGGCAGGUCAAAAUGCCUAUGCAUACUUCUAUCCUCCGUGCAAUCCAGAAUAUAAUGGUAGUCAAGAAGAAAAACCUCCACUGUUGCUAGAAAGCCAUGGAGGGCCAACAGAUGAGGCACGUGGAACCUUAAAUCUUAGCAUCCAAUAUUGGACUAGUAGAGGAUGGGCAUUUGUGGAUGUUAACUAUGGAGGAAGUACAGGUUAUGGCAGGGCAUACCGAGAACGCCUUUUGGGGAAGUGGGGAAUUGUUGACAUCAAUGAUUGUUGCUCGUGUGCUAAAAGUUUGGUGGAUGAGGGGAAGGUUGACGGAAAGCGCCUUUGCAUAACUGGGUGUUCUGCUGGUGGUUACACAACAUUAGCUUCUCUUGCUUUCAGAGAUACAUUCAGAGCUGGCGCUUCUUUAUUUGGAAUUGCCGAUUUGAAGUCAUUGAGUGAUCAGAUGCACAAAUUUGAAUCCCACUAUAUUAUUAAUCUCGCUGGUAACGAAAUCGCUUUAAAUGAGCGGUCUCCUAUCAACUUUGUUGAUCGAUUCUCUUGCCCCAUAAUAUUGUUCCAAGGAUUAGAAGACACAGUUGUCCAGCCAGAACAGGCCCGAAAAAUCUACCAGGCAUUGAAGAAAAAGGGUUUACCUGUGGCUCUCGUGGAAUAUGAAGGAGAAUCUCAUGGAUUUCGUAGGGUGUUGCAGCUGCUGCAUCAAUUAUUAAAUAUGCUUCAGCAAUUGAUAUAGGUUUUCCAAAAGUAAAGACCCCUCUAUAAAAGUUAUUGAAAAUUCAAUCUGUAUUGAAUUGAGCUACAAGGCUAGUUAUUGGAGAAUUUGAAGGGGAAGUGAGAUUGCAAAGACUUUGAUGAGGGGGACACAUGAGUACGGUUAUGUAGUGCUUGAUGCUUACCAUUUUAUGCUUAUGAAGGUAAAUUUAGAAGUAAGACAUAAUUGAAGCUUGAUGAAAAUGGUAGGUUUAAAUAUUUUUUUAUUGCCUAUAGAGCUUUCAUUUGUGGUUUUCAAUAUAUUCGAAAAAUCAUAGCUGUGGAUGAGACAUUUUUGAAUAGUAAAUAUGGAGGAGUGUUGUAGUCUGCCGUAGCAUAAGAUACAGAGGAUCAUAUUUUUCUAGUGACAUUUUGUGUAGCAUACACCGAGUGUGAUGCCUUUUACCGAUACUUCUUCAAGCAAAUGAAUAGCUUUGUGGAUGAUA